AUGUUCCACUCAGACUAUGAAUCAAGGCUACGAUCGCCGUCGAGGGGAUCGCCCAAGAAGAUCUAUUCACAGGCAGCUGCCAAUCCGAUACCAAUGUCCAGCUUCAAUCAAUCACUAUUUGACGAGUAUACAUCUACUAGUUCAACAUCAGACAACAAUAGCAACAACAGCAGCAGCAACAACAAUGAGAAUGUAUAUAUAGUGAGCGACUCAAGCACCAACAUCAACAACAACAGCAGUAAUAGUAGCAUUAAUAAUAGUAGUAGUAGCAGUAGCAGCAGCAGGAUCAAUUCAAAUAACUAUGGAGAUCGAUUCAUUCCAAUGUCUGUGUGCGCAGAGACUCUGGGCAAGUUCUCAACGUUCGACUACGUGGCACCGACAUCAUCAUCACUCUCGAACCAAUCACUCUUUCAAACAAACAAUGGUGCGAUCAACAAUAACAACAACAACAUGGGCAACAAUAGCAGCAACAACAGUGGUAACAAUGGCUCAGAAAAGACACAGCUCGAGCCCAACUUGGCCUACAACAUAAUACUAAAGAAUGAGAUCCUGGGCGGCAACAGUGGCAGUAGUAGCCACAGCAAUUACAUCCUGGAGCUCGCCAACCCCAUAUACAAGUACCAGAGCGGCAACAGCGGCAAUAGCGGCAACAGUGGCAACGUCUCUGGCGUCAUGAACAUCACCAACACACAUCACAACCUGGUGUCACAGCACCAUCACCUCAGCGCCGCCACAGGCGACCUCGACAAUGCACCGGGCACGCCCCGCUCCAACCUUUCACAGCAGCUGGAUCUUCUGGACAGCGACCCCAACGACUCGCCAUCCAGCGCCAACCGCAUACUCCAAUUCAAGUCGCCAAAGAAGAAGCUGAUGGACAAUGCCGACUCGCCCUACAGUCUGUCCCCGCUGAGUAAGGACUCGCAGAAGCUCCUGUCGUCGCCCCGCAAGCCCAAUCGCAAGAUCCCCAAGGUGCCCUACAAGGUGCUGGAUGCGCCAAACAUCUUGGACGACUUUUAUCUCAACCUGAUCGACUGGAGCUCUCAAAACAUACUGGCGGUUGCUCUGGAGCGCUCGAUCUACCUGUGGAACGCGUCGACUGCUCGCGUCUCCAAGCUGUGCGACUAUGGCCUCGAGGCCCACAACUCCAACGUCACAUCCCUGUCGUGGAUACAGCGCGGCACGCAUUUGGCGGUCGGCGGCAGUGACGGUCUGGUGCAGAUAUGGGACGUGACCAAGAAGAAAAAGAUCCGAGAGAUGCAAGGCCACACGGCGCGCGUCAAUGCCCUGGCGUGGAACAAUCACAUACUGUCUAGUGGUGGCAAGGACAAGAUGAUCCUGCACCACGACGUCCGAGAUAGCGCCCACUUUACCUCCCGUCUUGUCGGCCAUCGCAACGAGAUCUGUGGACUCAAGUGGUCGCCCGACGGACAGCAGCUCGCCAGUGGCGGCAACGACAACCUUUUGGCCGUCUGGGAAUCAAAUCAAACGCGUCCCCUCUACCAGCUCAAGUACCAUCAAGCGGCCGUCAAGGCAAUCGCCUGGUCGCCACACCAACGCGGACUGUUAGCCUCAGGUGGUGGCACACAAGACAAGUGCAUCCGCUUCUGGAACACAACAACUGGAACCUCGCUGCAAUCAAUCGACACUGGCUCCCAAGUGUGCAACCUGGCCUGGUCCAAGAAUGUCAACGAGUUGGUGUCCACACACGGCUACUCACAGAACCAGAUCACCAUAUGGAGUUACCCAAGUCUGCGGACGGUGACCACACUGACGGGCCACAGCACUCGUGUCCUCUAUCUGGCGGUGUCGCCCGAUGGCCAAUCCAUUGUCACUGGUGCCGGCGACCAAACCCUGCGGUUCUGGAACGUGUUCCCCAAUUCCAAAGAGGCCGGCCUGUACUCUCCAUCAUGCAGUCUCGAGAAGCUCUACAACAAGAGUGAGCUGGACAUCCGCUAA